CACAAUCACCUCCACCAUCAUCAUGUCUCUCAAGAACAUCACCGUUGUCGGCGGAUCCGGCCGUCUGGGCACCUUUAUCCUGGAGAAGCUCCUGGCCUCCGACCGGUUCAAUGUCCAAGUCCUCAAGCGUGUCGAGUCGUCGUCUGCCUCCUUCCCGGCAGGAACCAGCGUUGUCGAGGCCGACUACGAGGAUCCAGAGUCCCUCCAGGCUGCGUUGAAGGGCCAGGAUGCCGUGGUGGCCCUUGUCGGGGACGCUGGAGUCCUCAGCCAAAAGGCCCUGAUCGACGCCGCGGUCAAGGCUGGGGUCAGACGCUUUCUCCCCUCCAACUUUGGCUCCAACAUGGCCAAUCCCAACUCCCGCAAGCUGCCGGUCUUUGCACGCAAGGUGAUUAUUGAGGACUAUCUGGUUGAAACAUCCAAGACCACCGACCUCACUUACUCGUUCGUGUACGUCGGGGGGUUUACCGACUUUGCCAUCCGGAACAAGGUCCUCAUGGACUUUUCCCAGUAUACGCCCACCAUCUUCAACGGGGGCAACACGCGGUUCAGCACCACCAGCAUGCCAACCGUCGGAGACGCCGUCGUCGGGGUCUUGUCUCAUCCAGAGGAGACGCGCAACAGAGCCGUGUACGUGUCGGAGACCGUCUUUUCCCAGAACCAGCUCCUCUCCCUGGCCAAACAGAUCGCCCCGGACAAGCCCUGGGCGCCUGUGGAUGUGGACUUGGAUGUGGUCGUCCAGGCGGCAAAGGAACGCUUGGCUCAGGGAAUCCACGAUCUGCCAACGGUCAUCCCGAUCAUGCUCAAGUCCAUCGUGGAUCCGGAGUAUGGAGUCGAGUUCAUCGAGAAUGACAAUGAGCUGUUGGGGGUCAAAACUAAAGGGGAGGAAUAUCUGCUGGAGCUUCUUCGUCCUUUAGUCGGUUGAUUCCUUGCUUAGAGAUCUUCUAUAUGACGAGCUGGUUCAUACCUUGUGAGACUUAUCUUCAUAAGAGACCUCAAUGCCUCUCUUUGUCUUUCUAGCUUUACACCCACGCUCUGUGCCUAUUCUAGAUAGUAUAAUUAUAGGUAGAAGUAGAGAUGCUUUUGUCAAGUCUCCAUUCAGUC